AAACUCAAAUUGGUAAUACACUGAUUAUAUUUGUGUCAUUUUGUGAAGAAAAUAUCCUGUCACUGUACAUGGAUAAUUUUCUUUGAUAAGGGGUUUAUGAAAUUUCAUCACCAAAAUGGAAUUUUCUAUGCAAAAUUACUCACAAAUUCUUUACGAUUCUGGCAAUUUAUGAUGGCUUACCAAAUGGGUCGUAAUCUUCGUGAGAACGUGAACACAACACCAUUAUCUUUAGCUGUCACCUUCAACCUUCCAUUUUUACGAGAUUCACUUUUCUUUAGUAUCCUGGAAUUUUGGAAAUAAAUUAAAUAUUUCCGCAGAUUCUUCUUAUUUAACAUUUCAUGCUUUACACACUUCCGCCAAUUCAGAGCCAAAAACAGAUUGAAUUAGAGCAAUGGGUGCUGCUGAUGAAAUAAGCAUUCCUGAAAGAUUGCAGGGAAAAAGGAGUGCUGUGGUUGUAUGCUUUUUACUUGGAUUAGGGUCACUCUUAUCAUGGAACAGUAUGCUAACCAUUGGAGAUUACUAUUACAAAGUUUUCCCAAAUUACCACCCGUCAAGGGUUCUUACACUUGUGUAUCAACCAUUUGCCGUGGGAACAAUGGCAAUACUCGCUUACAACGAAUCACGGAUUGACACUCGAAAGAGAAACAUAGCCGGAUUGGUUCUGUUCUUCAUUAGUACUCUGGGUAUUUUAUUGUUAGAUGUAGCAACAUCAGGAAAAGGAGGAGUUGGGCCUUAUGUAGGUUUAUGCUUACUCGUUGGGGCUUUUGGAAUUGCAGACGCUCACGUUCAAGGUGGAAUUUGUGGUGAUUUAGCUUUUAUGUUGCCUGAGAUGACUCAAUCAUUCUUUUGUGGUUUGGCUGCUUCGGGUGUUCUAACCUCUGGUCUGAGGCUAGUGACAAAAGCAGCGUUUGAAAAAUCUCAUGAUGGUGGCCUACGCAAGGGUGCUUUACUAUUUUUGUCAAUCGCCACAGGAAUUGAGUUUUUGUGCAUUUUCCUGUAUGCGUUUUACUUCCCAAAGUUGCCGAUUGUCAAGUAUUUCCGGUCCAAGGCUGCCUCGGAAGGGUCCAAGACUGUUGCAGCUGACCUUGCUGCUGCUGGUAUCAGCCAGGUUGAUGAUAGUAAGAAAGUUGAAGAUAGUUUGACACUGAAACAAUUGAUACAUCAAAAUUGGGAUUAUUUCCUGGGUUUGUACCUGAUAUAUGUGCUGACAUUGUCAAUUUUCCCCGGCUUUCUGUAUGAAAAUACAGGAACUCACAAAUUGGGGGACUGGUAUGCUGUUGUGUUGAUUGCCAUGUACAAUCUUUUGGAUCUAAUAGGAAGAUACACUCCUCUUAUAAAGUUCUUGAAGUUGGAGUCUAGAAAAGGCCUAUUGAUAGUGAUCCUAUCCCGUUUCCUAUUUGUUCCCGCAUUUUACUUCACAGCAAAGUAUGGCGGUGAAGGGUGGAUGAUCAUGCUCACUUCCUUGUUGGGAUACACUAACGGACAUCUCACAGUUUGUGUGAUGACUGCUGCACCCAAAGGCUACAAGGGACCAGAGCAAAAUGCAAUGGGGAACCUGCUGGUUUUAUUCCUACUGGGUGGCAUUUUCACUGGUGUUUGCCUUGAUUGGUUAUGGAUCAUAGGUAAAGGAAAGUUCUGAUGGAAAUGAAAGAAUAAGACGCGGUGAGCCAUACUAUACAGUUAGGUUGUUUGUUUCUUGUAUGUGUAGGGGAAAUACAAACUGUUUUACAUUAUUUGUUCGACUUAGGUGAGUGUAGAAGGUGUAGAAGCAACACUGGUGUAGAUUUCAAAGGUUUGAGAAAAUUUGUGCAUAACUUGAUAUAGUUUUCAUUCUUGGACAGAACUGUCUACAAAGUUUAUUUUACAAGUGUUUCUUUCUUGAA